CUAAUUCCUCGGGUACGAGCCCGGUGGUCCAGUUCAUCUUGGACCGGUUUGCGUCGCGCGUAUUUACGUAGCAUUCUCCGACAUUUUUCAUGUUCCUCGUAAAAGAUUCCCAGAAAAAAAGAGGGAGACAGCGAUCAUCAUCGUCCUUUUGAUCUCAUUCUCGUGCGGAUCUGUCCCUUUCAGCUUUCAAAAAUGCCUCAAGGAACCCUCGAAGUCCUCCUUGUUAGUGCUAAGGGACUUGAAAACACCGAUCUUCUCAAUAACAUGGAUCCUUAUGUCAUCCUCAUUUGCCGCACUCAAGAGCAAAAAAGCAGUGUUGCAUCAGGAAAAGGGACUGAGCCAGAUUGGAACGAGAAUUUUGUUUUCACCAUUUCGGAUGGUGUUUCAGAACUCACAUUAAAAAUAAUGGACAGUGAUGCCGGUACCGAAGAUGAUUUUGUGGGAGAAGCAAACAUUCCACUAGAGCCUUUGUUUAUGGAAGGAAGCCUCUUUCCAACAGCUUACAAUGUAGUCAAGAAUGAAGAGUUUCGUGGAGAAAUUAGAGUUGCCCUCACUUUCACUCCUGAGGUUCGCGGUGGGCAGGAUUUCCCUGUGGAAGAGGAAAGCUAUGGUGGAUGGAAAGAGUCUUCAUACACAGAAUGAUCGAUCAAGUCAUGGUCAGCAGCUUUUGCUGUUGGUACUGUGAUCUGGGAAUUGAAAUAAGUAGGCUAUUUUGUUCUAUUGAUUUCAGCUUCCCUUUCCCUGCUUAAUGAAUUGUGAUCCAAUAACACUAUAUGAUGAUGAGAUUUGACAAAGUUCAUGGUUUGAAUACUAUGUGACCAAACCACAUAUAAUAUUGCAAUAUUUUGUGAUUGAACCACUAGUCUCGAUUAGGGAUGACAA